AUACGAAAGAAAUAAAAACUUCAGUGUUUGAAGACUAAAGCAAGGACAGUAUCAGUUACAUUUUGCCGUGACAUGGAUUGGUUAAAAUUUGUCUUUGCUUUGCUUGCAUUGGUAGCAUGGGCGUCAUCUCAAAAAAGGGGCGUUCAACUACGCUUGACAAAGAAAGGAAUGUUCUAUGCUGUCGACGUUGGUAUUAAGAUUAUGCAAGAAGAUCUAAAGAAGGAUGUUAUUAACACACGUGGAAAAUCUGGUAAUUUGGAAUACAAUGUUCAAAACAUGCGAAUUACAACAGCCGUAUUUCAAAAGUAUGAGUUAAUACCAGUCAGUGGUACAGGUAUGAGGGGCCAGGUGUCUGGCAUAACAUUGGAAGCCAAUGGUAGAUUGUGGUACAAAUACAAAAAAGGGUGGUUCAAGUUUAGCGACACUAUUGGAAUCGAUUUGAAAGCGGAAAAUAUCCGUUUUGAUAUGACCUUGAACAUAGGUUCAGAUUCAAAUGGUCGACCAACUAUCUCAAUUGAAAAAUGUUCUGCAGGCGUCAGCGAUAUUGAUAUUCAUUUCAGGGGAGGAAAAUCAUGGCUAUACAACCUCUUUAGAAAAAUAGUGGGAAGAAAACUGAAAAAAUCAUUUGGAGAUCUGCUCUGCAAAAUGGCUACCAAAGAAAUCAACACAAAAGCAAAAAGUGAACUUGCAACCUUUCCAGUUGUCAAGAAAAUUGAUAAAUGGGCCGAAAUUGAUUACCGUUUAACAAAAGCACCAGCUUUCACAUCUGAAUACAUGGAUGCUUACUUGAAGGGUGAAUUCAAAUCAGUCAAAGACCCUACAGAAACCCAGUCAGUGAUCCCCACAUUUUCAACCUCAAGCGAUCACAACCGUAUGAUUUACUUUUGGAUAACAGAUUAUACUUUGAACAGUGCUGGAGAAGUGUACAACAAAACUGGACGUUUGGAUGAAUCAUUUGCAGCAUGGGACGAAAAGGUUCCACAAGCCUUGAAGAGUAUGUUAAACACAGGAAAAUUUGCUUUGUUGUUUCCAAAGCUUCAAUCAUUGUAUCCAAACGCACCUAUGAGUUUAGAAUUAAAAUCGUACAAACCUCCGACAUUUGAAAUUGCAAAGGAUCAACUUAAACUGCGCAUACAUGCAUAUGCACAGUUCAACGUAAAAGAUAAAUCAAAUAAAAUCAUCCAAGUUUUUACCGCCAGAUUCGAUAUCACUGGAACGGGUUCGAUUGGCAUCCAGGGAGAUAACAUCAGUGGAAAAAUAUCUUCAUUUGACUACGCUGCAAAGGUUUUAUCAUCAAAUGUUGGAAAGAUAACAAUUCCAUUAGAUUCACCACUCGUCAAAAUAAUACUUGACUCCACAGUAAUCGGGAAAGCAAACCCUAUCCUUAAAAAGGGAUUUCCGUUACCAAAAGUGAAUGAAAUUGCUUUCACUAAUUUUGACGUGAAGUUGGAAAAGAAUGUCAUCCGCAUUGGUACUGACAUUAAGUAUGUCAAAGGCAAAAAGUAAAGUUUCAAGAAAAGUCUUUCUACAGUUUAUUUUUAAUUUUAUAUUUUCACGAUAUCAGCAUUUGUGUAAUUUUGAAUGCAGAAAUAUAUGUAAACUACCUUAACUUUUUAUAA